UUCAGUGUUUCGCGAGCGCGGAGGAGAGUAACAUGUCUGCCUCUUUACGUCACUUGUGCGCACGUAACUUCGUAACUUUGUGAAGUUAUGUGUUAGUCAUGUCAUGGUAAUCUCGUAAACUCAUUUACUUUGGUGGAAGUAGUAAAUACAGACAGGUUAGAGUUGCUAUGACAUGACUAAUACUCAGAGCUACGUAAACUGAAAAUGGUGUUAUUUAUGAAAGUGGAGAGUGACACGUGACACAAUGUGUAAGAACGUGAAUGCCGUGACAUGGGAGACGGAGACACUGAUGGGCACGCCGCCCCGGUCCAGUUGGGACCGCUACUGCCCCAGGGCGGCUCUGUCUCACGUCGGUCUUUUUGUUGCCCUCAUGCUGUACACAGCUGGAGGCGGGCUUGUAUUUCAAGCCCUAGAGUACCCGGCUGAGCUGGCUAAGCAGGAGUUCCACAGGGAGCGUCUCUUGACCGAGCGUUGGAACCUCAUAAGAUUUGUGUUUCAACGCAACGCCACAGAGAUUGUAGCUAUGGAGAACCUAAUCAGCGAACAGCUUGCUAUCUACGAGAAGGUUUUAGAAGAAGCGUCAUCCAGUGGUUUAUCUUUAGAGGUUGAAAAUAACUUUCCCGCUGCGGAAGAGAAAUGGAGUAUAUUACAAGCAGUGUUCUUCUCCUCUACAGUGCUUACCACAAUAGGGUAUGGUAAUAUAGUGCCUGAAACAUUUUGGGGCAGGCUGUUCUGCAUAGCAUAUGCACUCAUCGGUAUACCCCUCACGCUUACAGUGAUCGCAGAUUUGGGCAGAGUUUUUGCAACUGUUGUAUCCAUUUUAGCAAAGCAAAUGCCCACAAUGCCAAAAUGUUGUAAGCGAGUAUCAGAUGCGAAUCCUACAGGUCAACGGUCUCUGUAUGCUCUCGGGGCAGUUGCUUUCUUGUUUGUCUAUUUGUCUGCGGGUGCCGGCCUGUUCAAAAUGUGGGAGGACGACUGGAGCUUCUACGAUGGAUUCUAUUUUUGUUUCAUCACCAUGACCACUAUUGGCUUUGGGGAUUUAGUCCCAAAGAGACCAAAGUACAUGUUACUAUGCACAUUGUACAUUCUAAUUGGCUUGGCUUUGACAUCUACUAUCAUCGAGUUAGUGCGGAGGCAGUAUGCGAGGUCUUGGCAGCAACUGCGCGCGCUCUCCGGCCCUCUGGCAGACACACUGAGGAGGCUGGGGGACGCGGGGAGGGGUGUGGACGUGUCUGCAUUACAGAAAGUCUUAACUGUUGUCACUAUGCCGCGUUUGAGCGGUCGAGAUGGGCUUUCGGAGAAGCGGCAGUUGGAGUGGGAGGCAGCCCUGGAAGCAGCUCUCAGGGAGAUCAAAGCACCAAGUCCUGAGAAAAAACCGACUAUCGUUCAAAUAGUAAUUUACGAAUCGUCAGUAUAAUUUCCACGAUUUUUUCGAAUCGAAUCAGAAAUCUCUGUACAUUUGAAUCUGUAGACCACUCUAAUGCUAAUGAAAUUUUUAUACUUUUCAUUUGGCGCUCGUAGUUUGUUAGGGUUAAUGAAGUAUUGUGAAGUAAUGAGGCGCAACCCUUCGUGAUUUCCUGCCGAAUUCUUUUAUGGUUCAAUAAUGUGAGCUGAUCACGGACUGUGGCGUUCCCUAGCGUGACAUUUGUAGAUUACGCCUUAAACUCAGAAGUUGAAGGUUAAUUGUUCACCUCAUUUCACAUUUUAAUAGCUAAUAAAAUUUAUCAAAGUCGAUGUUUUGCUUAUGCUCUAUAUGCAAUCUAUCUGAUAGCAAACAAAAUGUAAAAACACAAACUAUCAAACCUAUAUCUAUUCAGCUCCGUAUGUUAUUUAUUCUUUGUUGCCUUGUUUCCAAAUAAAAAACAAACAAUGAAUUUGUAAAGUGAGAAGACAGUCGGUUCAUCGUUGUGGCAUGCGGUUCGCGUGCCAAUUCCGAAAAAGAUGUGACGAGCUGUUUGUGUGCAUUGAACCAUUUUGUCAGACGGGUUUAAAGCUCUGAGCUAUAUCGGCGGCGCAUUGUCUAGACACAGCGUAUAAUAAAAUUAAUACUUAUCGUCUCUAGGCCUCGUUCGCACGGUCGCUUUGUAGUGCGAGUUAAAAACGACCGUGACAACAAUUUUUCAAGUUAGUAAACUAGAAGCAGUGAGAAAAAAAUGUAAAAUAAUGGUCCAUUAUUUAAUAAAUCUGCUUAAAUAACAAAGCAAUGGUAGCCAGAAAAAGAAACAUUUUUAAUGAUUGCAAUGCUAAGCGAUUUUCAAUUAAUUAAUACUUAAAAUGAUGUUUCCCAAUUUUCUACUAGGCCACGAUCGUCGACUAAAUGCUAGAAAAAGCGAUAUUUUAGGAUAGAAACUACCAAAGCUUCCAUGCACGUUUAUGUAAAUAAGUAAUAUAAAUCUAUAAAUUCAUUGCAAUGGUUUAUUUUACUUCCAUUGAAUAUAUACUUCCAGAAGUGAUCAUAGUGUAUGUUUUGUAUUAUACCAAAUGAUUGUGACGUUUGAAAAUUAUAAGAAAAGACAUUUUUGUACGUGAAUUGUAUAAUUGUCAAUUGAGAUAUCGAAAUGCAAAUAAAUUUAUUAUACUUCUGUUAAAAAAGCUGGAUGAAUAAAACGCGAUUGUGA